AUGUCUUCUUUCACUCUCAAUGCCAAGCGCCGCCGUCUCGAAAAGGCAUCAACCGCUCUCUCCAAACCAUUCAAGUCCCCUCUCCGCAGACCAACACCGACAGCGAAGCAGGAAAAUACGACACCCAAACCCGAGGAAGCAGAGGAAUCCACCGCAUCUUCUAUUAGAACUACCGAAUCUAUUGCAGAAAAUACUCAAGCACCACUCCCCACACCCCCUCCAACAAACCAAUUGCCUACACCCCCGCACAACCGCAAAAGACCACCCUUCGGCCAACGCCCUGGCCUUACAACCAGAAAACCCGUGCCCAUCGACCCAGAGAUCGCAAAUCUACAGAAACAACAGCGUGAAACACAGUCACGCUUGUCGAAUCUGCGAUCUGAACUUGAUACCGCCCAGCAGGCUCUGCGGAUCGAGUCCUCGAAUAGAGAGGAGGAGCUGGAGGCGCUGAUUGCAAAGUGGAAGAAAGUGAGCCAGGAUGCAGCAGAGGAGGUAUUUUCAGGUGCACAGGAGCGGAUCUCGCGAAUGGGAGGGGUUAAGGCGUGGCACGCGCGGAUGAGGAAUGAUGAUGCUAGGUGGGAGCAGGAGGAGAUGGAGUCAUGGUUUGGGAAUUUCGAUGCGGAGGGUAUGAAUAUUGAUGAGGAUGAGGUGAGGGAGAGGAAGGAGGAGAUGAGUCGGAAAAUUGAGAAGGAGAAGGAGAAAAUAAAGAAGGAUGCUGCUAAGGAACGGCAAGAUGAACCUGAGGAGUUUACCAUGGAUAUGAUGUUAAAGACGCUCAACAUUGAUCUGAAGUCCAUCGGGUACGAAAAGGCUGAUCAGAGAUGGAUUAAGGGAUGA